GGAAACGAGUGGCCAGGGAGCAUCAGCGAUUCCGAGGCCAGUGUGUCUGUGUCUACGUCCGGAGUCGCUCGCUCGUACGUCUGCCGUGAAUGCUUCUUCUGGGCGUCGCGUUUGGCACCUUCUCCUGGGCGUCGUGUCUGACAGGAUGAAAGGCCGCUUCUGCCUCACGGACGAAGCUCGGUCGAAUAUUCUUGCUGUCGCUUCCCUUGGGAAUCUCGCGGCUAUCGUUCUUUACUUCCUCGGAUCCGAGAUGCCUAUACAUUCUGUUACCUGGGUUGAGCCUUCACUGGCUGAGCCAAACGGGAGGAAAGUGCGGAGCGUCUGCAGAAGACGAGCCCUGUCGACCACCGGCCGCUCCGCGUUGUGCGCCUGUGCGCCCACUCGCUUCCUGAUAGCGAUGCGCAUCUCCGCGACGUGUGCCUGACCUUGAAUGCCUGAGCGUCGUUCUCAAUGCGACAGAAUGUGCGUCCAGUCGCCUGGUUCUCCCUUCUUCCUAACUCGACUCGACUCUACUCCAGUCGAGCCAGAGCGAGACAGAAGGCAGCAGCGAUGAUGUUGAUGCGCGUCGCCAGCCUCUUCGCCCUCGUCACCGUAGCCAGCCUAGUGGAGGCCUCUUCCAAUGUAUCCUGGACACCACCUCUCGCUGGCCCGCCCCACAGCGCUUGUCGUCUCUUUCUUCAUGAGUACGGCCACCGUAGCCCGUACGGUUAUCGAGGGGGCAGCAGCAGCAGCACUUUCCAUCUCGAGCCCUCCCUCGUUGUCGACAACGGCCUCACGCGCACAUCCAGGGACGCUUCCGCGACGACAGCAACAACAACAACAACGACAACGACGAAGCAGGCUCGCUCUUCCUUUUCGCAUCAGGACAGCAGCACCGCGCCGAGCUUCACGGGCGGUGCUGCUCGCGCAUCGCUCUCCGAGCAGCUGCGCCCCUCGUCCAAGGCCACCCCCACAAUAAGGUCGACAGGAACAAGCAGAACGCACGGGACAGCAGCUUCUUCAUCAGGAAAAGGGCGGCAGGAACCUACACCCAAGCGCAUCGGCAAGUACACAAUCUUACCCCGGGACACGACAGGCUUGUUCCCCUUCGAGUACGCCCCACCGCCCCACCCGGACACAUUUCUGCCGAGGAAGCCAGUGCAUAUACCCGGCCGCUGCUUUCGCUGCUCGCUUUGCAAGGCCUUCAAGGACCCUUUACGCUGCCAGGAGGUGUGCAAGGGCUGCUAGCAGCUCAUCACUCCGCACCACAGAGCUGCACUUUGCAGUCUUGGUGUAAAGUUUCGGCGUAGGACAGCUACAUAUCGGGCCCUGUCUGUAUCGCAUUCUCGCUUACCAGUGUUCAUUCUCGUUUACUUCUUGUCCUGUCGUCAUACUGUUGCGUAUCCACUCGAUAACUGUCCACUGUCACUUAUACCGGACUGUAUUGCAAAAUCAAGGCA